AUAUAUUUUUUGUUAUUAUAUUAACUAUAAUUAAAUAAUGUGUUUAUUAUUUUCUCACAUAUUACAUUUUAAAUCAAUAUAAAUUUUGAGCAUAGAUUCAAAAAUAGAAAAUAACUUGAAUUUAUUUAUGAAUAAAAUAGUAUUCAAUUCAUAAUCUUACAUUGAAGAAUUUGAGGGUAAAUUUUUUUCAAUGGACAAUGAAACUGAUGAACUUUUAUUUUGUAGAUUUUGUUUGCGACAAUCACUCUCAUCAUUUCCUAUAUUUAUGGCUUCUGACCCAGAUUUAGCUAAAGAUGUCAUGAAUUGUUUACAAAUAAUGAUAACUCCUGAAACGGUUGGUCCUAAACAUAUUUGUAAUGAAUGCUAUGAUCGGGUACAAGAUUGGGUGAUGUUUAAAAAACAAAGUGAAGAAGCUCUUAAAGAAAUUGAAACAAAUUUAAAUUUCAUUGAAAAGGAACCUGUCACUACCUCACAUUUAGAACUGAUUGAUGAAGUAGAUUAUCAUUGCUGUUUAUUUUGUGAAAAGAUGUUUCCUAGUGAUUAUGAAUUGUUAAUGCAUGUUAGUGAAAUUCACCAAGAUAUAACUGAAUGGAACUCAAAACCUAAGAAUAGAGAUGAAAAUAUGGAAAACAUCCAACCAUUUAUUGAUGAAGAUGAAGAGGAUGACACUUGUGAUCAAUACAUAGAAUCAUUAAACAAAUCAAUUUUGUCAAAGUAUGAUUGUGAUGAAUUAAAUGAAGUUCCCACCUCAGAUGAAGGAGAAGAUAAAUUUCAAUGUUAUUAUUGUAGUGCAACAUUUGAUGAAUUUGUUCUUUUAAAAGAACAUUCUGUAUCUAGACACCGUGAUCUUAAUAAAAAAACUGAAUGCAAUAAAUGCAACAAAAUUUUUUUGACUGUUAAUGAUCUACAAGAACAUGUUUCACAAUACCAUCCUGCUAAAAAGGAUAAACAAGAUUCUGAGUCUGUUUAUAGAACAUCGAAAAAAUCUCCAUAUAUAUGUCACAUUUGUGAAAAAUCUUUUUCGAGAUUUUGUGAUCUACUAGAUCAUGAUGAGAUACAGCAUGAUGAUUUACCAAAGAGAUUUAGAUGUGGUGUUUGUAGUAAAAUGUUUCUGAUGGAGGAUAGAGCUAAGGUCCAUUAUAAUUUUUAUCAUACAAAAACUAAAGGAUUAAUGAACUUUCAAUGUAGCUUUUGUGGAAUGGAAUUAAAAAGUGCAUCUGCUGUUGCUAAUCAUGAAAGGAUGCAUAUGACACAAAAAAACACUCAGUAUGGUUAUAAAAUUAUUAGAGACUGAAAAUUAAGAGAUGUUUGUUGUUAAAAUAUGUUAUUACUUAACACAACUAAUUAGUAAUAUUACAAUAAUUUGAUGAAUAUUUUAUAUUUCUGUUCAAUGUUCUGUUAAUAUUUGCCAGUAUUAAACAUGUAUCAAUGAAUACAUGAUAAUUUUUAUUAUACUUGCUAAAUUUACCAAGAGGAAAA